AUGCCCCUGCUUGUUGUUGGAUCGGUCGCCAUUGAUAACGUUGAAACCCCAGAGGGCGGUCGGCACGACAACCUGCUGGGCGGGUCCGCGACCCACUUCUCGUACGCGGCCAGUUUCUUCACGCCCGUCCGUCUGGUGGGCGUGGUGGGCGAGGACUGGCCGGCCGAGCACACCAAACUGCUCCAGAGCCGCAACAUUGACACCACCGGCCUGCAGGUCGUGGAAGGCGGCAAGACCUUCACCUGGACGGGCCGUUACGAGCCGAACAUGAACGACCGGGAGACGCUCAACGUCGAGCUGAACGUGUUCGGCGAGUUCAACCCGGUGCUGCCCGAGAAUUACCGCCAAGCCCAGUACGUCUUCCUUGCCAACGGCGUGCCCGGUGUGCAGCAGAAGGUGCUCGACCAGACGCCCGGUCGGAGGCUGGCCGUGGCGGACACCAUGGACCUGUGGAUCGAAACCCAGCGUAAUGAUCUCGACGCGUUGCUGGGACAGCUCGACGGUCUGGUGCUCAACGACAGCGAGGCCAAGUUGAUGACCGGCACAGAAAACCUCGUCAAAGCCGGCCACAUGGUCCGCGACAUGGGACCCAAGUUCGUGAUCAUCAAGAAGGGCGAGCAUGGCGCCAUGUUCUUCUCUGAGCACGAGACCUACGUCAUGCCCGCCUACCCGACCGACCUGGUUGUCGACCCGACCGGCGCGGGCGACAGCUUCGCCGGCGGCAUGAUGGGCUACCUGGCCGAGCAGGACAAUGGAUUCGAGCCCGAGCAGAUCAAGACCGCCAUGGCCUACGGCACGCUGACCGCCAGCUUCAACGUCGAGGGCUUCGGUCUUGCCCGCAUGAAGGAGAUCACCCGCGACGACAUCGAGGAACGGAUGGUGAAUGGCCCGCCCGCGUUUCCUUUCACGCCCGACAACUACUUGAAGACCCGCACCUUCAUCGCCGUCGAGGCGUCACCCGAAGUCCGCGCCGGGGCGUUGGCCGCCGUGCAGCGAUUGGCGGCGCACCGAAAAGACUACCGCUGGGUGGAGAAGGAGAACCUGCACUUCACGCUGCAGUUUCUUGGCGACAUCACGGAUCAAGAAAUCGUCGACGUCUGCAGCCGGGUCAAAGCAGCGGUCGAGGGCUUCGAUCCCUUCGAGAUCACCGCGCAAGGGAUCGGCGCAUUCCCGACCCCAGCCAAGCCAAAAGCGUUAUGGGUGGGGGUCGGCGAGGGCGAAGAGGCGUUGGUCGAGUUGCACGCGGCAAUCGAUGCACGGCUCGCUGAGCUUGGGUUCCGUGGAGAGAAUCGCCGCUUCGUGCCCCACCUGACGAUCGGCAAGCUGCUCAGGACCUCGCGACCACCGGAAGAGCUGGCGGGUGAGCUGUCCAGCCUAACCGACUUCGAGGCGGGAAAAAUGGUGGUGGAUGCUGUCACCGUGUACGCCAGUCAACUUCGCCCAGACGGGCCCGAAUAUCACGUGCUGGCCCGCGUGACCCUGUAG